GCAUGCGCGGUCUACACAUAGAGGCGAACGUAUUUUACACAAACAUAAUAGCUGUGUUCAUUUGACUUUUGCCUUUUUAUGUCAAGUAAAUUAUGUGGUUUUGCUAUUAUUCCAUUCAGUCUUUGUUAUAUUGAUAUACUGUGUUUUGCUGUUAAACUCUCACAGUCUUUACAAGUCUUUUGUUGUUCAUGUUGAUCAGUUUGUGGUUUAGUUUAGUUUGAUCAGAGAGUGAUCGGGUGAUGGAGGCUCCGCCGGUCACCGUGAUGCCCGUCACGGGUGGAACCAUCAAUAUGAUGGAGUAUCUGCUGCAAGGCAGUGUACUGGACCAGUCUCUGGAGAGUCUCUUACAUCGACUCAGAGGUUUGUGCGAUAACAUGGAGCCCGAGAGCUUUGCUGAUUAUGAGCUUGUGUAUCUCCUGAAGGGUCAACAGGGAAACCCGUUCCUCCUGCGUGCCCGCCGCUCGUUGCUUCACCCCACCGCACCCUGGCACCUGCGCUACCUGGGCCAGCCUGAGGUGGGCGACAAGAGCCGUCACGCCCUGGUGCGCAACUGCGUGGACGUGGCCGCCUCACACAGCUUGCCGGAAUUUCUCAACGAGAUGGGCUUCCGCAUGGACCACGAGUUCGUGGCCAAGGGUCAGGUGUUCCGCAAGGGCGCCAUGAAGGUGGUGGUGAACAAACUGUCCCGCGUACUGGUGCCGGGAAACACUGAGAACACGGAGCCGCUGUCUCUGUCUUAUCUGGUUGAGCUGAGCGUGCUGGCGCCUGCGGGACAAGACACUGUCUCUGAAGACAUGAGGAGCUUCGCAGAGCAGCUGAAACCUCUGGUGCACCUGGAGAAGAUCGACCCCAAGAGACUCAUGUAGCUUCAGAGACAUGAUUUAAUUAGAGAUUUCGAUUUAAGACAGGAUGUUUUAGUGUGAAGUUAGACCUCAAAUGUAAUUCGAAAUAUUUUUGAGUUUCAUUGUUAUAAGGCUACUUGCAUAUUGACGUAGAUAAUUCAAAACAUUACCUUUUAUGCCAAUUUUCUCUAAAUAAAUGAAAAUCAUCCAUACUUGAAUUGUGUAAUUUCUGCGCCACAGAACAGCAUUGCAAAAAUAAUAAUUUCAAACAGCCUCCCGAAUACGCCCAGCUUCUACAGGGUUUCUCCAAACCAUGGUUUGGUUUACUGUUCAAUGCCAAAAUCACUAUUUGAUUAUUCUACAUGUGCAAUAGAAGUCUUCAGCCCGAACUGAACUCGACGAGUGCCGACAAACCGUCUGGUUUGGGUCAGUUUUCUCAAUUUGUGUUUCAUUUGUUGUGCUGAUUUUUAAAGGGAUAUUCCAGGUUCAAUACAAGUUAGGCUCAACAGCAUUUGUGGCAAAAUAUUCAUGACCAAAAAAAAAUUAUUUCGACUCAGUCGUCCUUUUCGAGUUUCAGUGAGACACUUACAAUGGAAGUGAAUGGGGCCAAUUUUAUACUGUUUAAAGCAGAAAUAUGAAGCUUAUAAUUUUAAAAACACUUACAUUGUUGAAACUCAUGAAUUAAUUGAUCUGUAAAGUUGUUCAAAUUGACAUUUUUACAAUCAUUUUAGGGUUUUCUGAUAUUAUCAUGACAUCGUCAUGGCAACCAAGCUGUAAAAUUGGUUAUAACAAAAGUCUUUCUAGCAAGUCAGUCCACUGUCGGCCUUCUUUGGAAUGCACUCUGGAGACUAUUUCCAGUCAUGCAAGUGCAGCUCAAAUCUGCUUGUAUGGGGGAACAUCGAAAUCUCAAAAAUUAUUGGUGAAGUUUACAAUCAAAGAACAUAUUUUAUAUCGGUGGAAAAUCUGACAAAACUGCUAUCAUAAAUUGUGUGUCUUUAACUCUGAUUAUGCUAAAAAAAAAUUAGCACAAUUAUCCAGGCUUGUAUAGCUAAUGUGCAUGCGCAUUCUCGAGUUGAUUGACAGGUUAUUGCUGUAUCUAAAAGGUGAUUGGUUCUUUUACCUGUAAGGCGGGACUUCCUUUCUACAUCUGUUGACCAUUUGGUGUGAGCUUCUUGGUUGGGCGUUCCAAUUUCUCCUGUUCAUUUUAAUACAAGUGGCCCGUCUCUGCUAAAUAGUUUCUGCUAUAAUUUUACACAGAAAAUGUUUGUAAGUGAUUUUAUAACAAACUUUUGAAACAGUAUUUUAAUGUUUACAGAUUAGCCCCAUUGACUUACAUUGUAAAUGGAACCCAGAUUUUUGGUCUUUUUUUAAAGAAAAGGUGGGGCAAGUCAAACUUAUUCCUUUAUGUUGCAAAGAGGACAGCAUUUAACAUGAUUUCAGGUUUUUCUAUGGAGUUAGAAUUGUUUCUAAUUCAUAGACC